AUGGCGGCCGCCGACGUUGUGCCCGCCCAGCUCGGCUUCCUGGCCAUCUACAACCCCAGCCUGGGGACCACAGACGAGACCAUCGAGGACCAGAUUGUGUACUAUGCCUCGGUCAGCACGCAGAACCAGAAGCGGCGGCGGCACCGCGCGAGGGGCGCCACCGAGCGCCCGACCGACCUCCUGUCGCAGGAGGAGCGCAACGAGCGGCUGAGGCAGAUAGGGCUCGCGCAGGGCAUGCUCGAAUUCGGCAAGAGCUUCUCGGAUGGCAACCCCGUCGACACGAUAGACACGGAAAAGUCGCGCGUCAUCCUGCACGAGCUCGAGCCCGGCUGGUGGCUGCUUGCUUCUGUCGAUUUGACGAAGCUCUCCGUGCCGGCGGCAACGGGCUCAUCUUCCGACGCAAAAGAGCCGGCGGCCAGAGAACGCGUCGAGUAUUCGUCGCGAGAGGUCAAGCCGGCCGCCUUACUGCUGCAGGACCUGCUCCGCGCACAUGCUAUCUUUCUACUGCAUCACGACUCGUCUCUGAGCUCCAUAUUCAUGCGCAGCAAGCGCUCCAACUUUGUCGCUGUCCUCGGCAGGUACUGGGAUCUCUUCCUCUCGACGUGGAGUGUUCUCCUCCACGGGAACCCAGUGCGUGAUGUCUUUGGAGGCAUCAAGGUUGCCGCAAGCGGCGAGUUGGGCAUUGGCGUUGGUGAGGAAGAACGCGGAAGUGGAGAGCGCGAGGUUCUUGAGGGUCUAGUUGGCAGGAUAGAAGGCCUUGUUGACCUAGUGGUUGCCAAGUUUGGCCCUGACGAUCUGGAGUCGGAGGCUGCUGGCGAUGCGUCCAAGCAAUGGCUUGGAACCGGGAAAGAGCCAGGCGCCGAAGACGGCUCAAUCUUUCUCGGCGUAGGUGCCCUGUCGAGGAAGUCGUUGCGCGAUGUUACGUACUGGAUGGAGGACAUGUACACCUGGGGCGAGAAUGCUUACGGAGUAAUGGAGAGCCCUUCAGCAGUGAGGAGUCCAAGAAAGGCCAAAAGGUCAACACAGGCGGCAAGUCCCGAGGCUCAACAUAUGCGGCCCCCACCGCCGGUCACUGAGCUGGCUAGGAGAGCGAAACAACCUCAAAUGGGCACUUCUGAACGACAAACGGCCUCAGCCCCUGAGAGCGCAGUGCCUCUAGCACAGGCGACACCCUCUGCCGAGUCAAGCACCCCGAACGAAGGCGUCGACAAGUAUGUUAGUUACCUCAAGCUCGGAUAUGGGACGUACUGGGGUCCCGGUAGCUCGUCUGCUGAAGCCCAAAGUAAUCAGGGGCAAGCUAUCACGCAACCCGAUAACCCAGUCAAGUCAUUUGCAGAACUAGACCAGGGGAGAUAUCUGAUCGGACUGAUGGGUGAUAUUGAGGAAGCAAGUGACUCCGAGGACAUCAUCCCGACAGAUGGGCCAGAGGAAGGCUUCCGCACCAUGCUCAGGACUGUUUCAGUGGAGCUGGAAAGCGAGGGCGACAAACGGCAUCCGUCGCAGGUCACGACAUCGCUGGGCAGUCAGAAUACCGAGGUCACCCAGCAAUCCCCCGAGGAGGAGGGCCAGACUCAAGACUCAUUCAAUAACCAGGACCGGAACAAGACCAAGAAGUUGCGGGUGGUGGUCUACAUCAACAAACCUUUCAUCUUCACCUUCAUGUUUGAAAAGCGGACGGAUUCCCUCGCCUGGAGCGGCAUCUACAAGUCCCUUCACCACCAACUAGCACCUUUGCGCAAGCACCUAUCAAGUUCGACGGCGUACCGGCCUCUGAAGCCCGACAUGGAAGCGGCGCCAGCGUCCGGGUCCGCGAGCAUCUACGAUCUCAUCUGGGACCCCAAGGCGCUCACGGUGCAUUGCACCAUCCCAAACAUCCCAGAGUCAUUCGCCGCUGUCUCGGAGUCGCACUCAGAACCACCGGUGUGGAAUCGUGUCGAGGCGCUCAACACGCACAUGCAGAUGCUCAACACCUUUGCCGCCACCCGCGCCGACAUCUCGGAACUGGAGCGCACUUGUAAGACGAGCAGGGGCUGGUGGGUCGUCUGGAGCCGGAUCCUGGACCGUCGCAUGGUGGACAAGAAGUCUAGCCCGCGCUCAUCGGCCAUCACUUCCCCAGAGUCGGAGCAGAUCCCGUCAUUAAGCUCCGAGACUGGACCGGGCUCGGACGGGGGCAGCGAGGCGCCUGAACAGGUGGAGGAGAUCACGGUCGGCAAGGAGAUCUUCCUGAUACGCAAGGCCAGUGACCAUGGUGGCGGCUCGGCCGUCAGGGCAGUCAGUGGCUCGCUCAUUAGUGGUGGUGGUGGCGGCGGCGUCGGCUGGGCGGACGGCGCCACUCGCCUGGCGCAGGGCAUCGGCGUCGACACGAAGAGGUAUAUCGAGGGGCUGCUCACGCUGAGCCGUUAA